AUGGAGGGGCGGGAACCAACGACGGUUGGGACUGGUGCUGAGGUGGAGGAGACGCUCGGGAUUGGGAAGGAGGAUGCUCUACCUUGCCAGCUAUCGAGCCAGAGAAUGUCCACACUGGAUGGCGUCGGCCGUAUCAAGACGUCUGCUGCUCCGGCGCCAAAGAACAGUAUCCAAAUGUCGAAGCAGCAGCCUGCUCUGCACACCCCUCGACCUUCACUGGACCUCAGCCGUGCUACCAGCGGAUAUUCUGCCUCCUCUUUCUUUGACGAGAAAAACGUGCCUGCCAAGAAUAUCACCUCGGAUGAUGACGAAGCUGAAGAUGAUGACGAGGUACUGCUUAAGACGCCGUUUAGGGAGCCAGGUUUUCACAGUCGCUGUGGCAAAACUCUAGGUGUCGGCCUGGGACAGGGCGGAUUGAGAGGAGGCAACGGAUGGGGUGAGCUGAGUCAAGAUUUCUUCUCUGGUGCUGGGACAAACGGUAGCAAUGUCGGCUUUGGGUGUGGCACACCGCUGGAUCCAAAACCUAACCAGAACCAAACGAAAACUUUCGGUACGACGAAGCAGGGGACUAGCACAGGGACGUUAUUUGGACCAGCAUCCAGCCAGGUUACUGGAAAGUUCCAUCCUGCCUCUUUGCCACCGGGAAUUCCCUCAAACACGUUUGACCAGGCGAAGAAAAACACAAGCGGCCAUUUCGAUACAAGCACGUCAAACCCUUCCUCUGGUGCUUUAUUCUCCCACUCCGGCCGUAUCUCCUUCUUUGACGCACACACUGCCAUGCCUUCGUUCUCCGGUACCACUUUUUCUUCUUCUUUCGGCGCCGUUCCGACGUUUGGCACUGGUAGUACUCUUUUCGGCACACCUGCUACGACCCCAUACGCACCAGCAAACUCAAAUAGCAGCAACGGCGACGGCGCCCUUGGCUCUCCCAUGUCCAUCGGUUCCAAUACCUCUACGAGCAUCGGCGCCAGCAUCAAUGCGGUUCAGAACAAUGCCUUUACAGCUAGCGGAGCGGGAAUGAAUCCAGGUAUAGGGUUUGGGUUUCAGAGCUCGGGACAGAGUCGGGGUACGGAGGCGGAUUUGCAGCAGGUUUUUGCCGAGGCGCGGAGUGCGGCGCCGGCGAGGAGGGUGUUGAAGCCUAAGGGGAUGUUGGGGUGGAGGAGGAAGUAGGUGUGCGUGCGC